GGAGCAUGGGCUCGUCACCGCCCUACUUCCCGGCGCGGGACAGCCCCAGCAUCCUCGAGCCCGCCGAGGACCCCUCCCCGCCGCGCACCCCCUCCCCCGUCCUCCGCGCGCCCUCCCCCGUGCGCCUCCAGCACUCCGGCACCUUCACCCCCCGGGAAAACAGCAACGGCAGCUUUCCCAACGAUGACAACAAUUCUAACUCCAUAGACGGAGUGUUCCCGUCACCUUCCACUUACACCUUCGAUCCUGAAGAGAGCGACUCCAGUUUAGCGCAGUGGCCGAGGCGAGACAAUGCAGCCCCGAGCCCUUUCGUUUCCAACGAAAACAGCAUGUUCAGCACAGUCAUGUCCACUGAAGAAUCUAACUCAUUACCUGAGGUGAGUGUACGUGGGGAGUGCAGCGAACGCGGAGAGGAUACAGGUGAACCGCCAGCGAAGAUCAGAAAGGUCAGUUCCCCUAAACGAUCACCCCAGCAAGACGAUGGAGAUGGAGAAACAUGUCCAAUCUGUUUGGAUUCUUGGUGUACCUCAGGCGACCAUAGAUUAGUAGCUUUAAAAUGUGGACAUCUCUUCGGUUCACGCUGCGUCGAGCGCUGGCUUAAAGCUCAAACUAAUAAAGAACGCUGCUGCCCAACAUGCAAAAGCAAAGCCGCCAUGAAAGACGUGAGAAACAUCUACGCGAGGAAGAUCAUAGCUGUUGACACUUCAGAGAUCACGACAAUGCAGAAGCAAGUGGAACAUGCGACGGCAGAAAAGAGCAGAAUGGAACUAGAAUUGCAGAAGUCUAAAAUAGCGCAUCGUGCAUGUCUUCAGCAAUUAGAAACUCUUAGGAAUAAGUUGUUAAAAGCACAAGUUAAACCACAGGUGAAGAGAUCUUGGCGCUUCGCGCUGGAGAAGAAUUUAGAGAUCUGCAAAGACGGUGGGUGUAGAGUGAUGACGUACAAUUGCCGGACUUAUGAGCUGUACGUGUCUCAGAAAAGCACUAACGGCUUGUUUCCCGGUUACGGCAUUAGGAAAGUGAGUUGCGUGGACUAUAAGCAGGGACAAUUCGUGCAUUUACACCCCAAACCAAUUAGGGACAUAUCAUAUUCGCAACCUAAGGACUUGCUUCUAAGCGUAGGUUUGGAUAGCUGCGCGAGAGUAGUGGAGCGAGGUAUCCCGAGUACUACUGUCCAAGCGGGCGUCCAGCUCUGGUCUUGUGCUUGGGACUGUUUAAGAACUAAUGAGUUCUACGUGGGUGGUGUCGGAGGUUUCAUCCAGCAAUAUGAUAUUAGGAAUCCUAAUUCGUACAUUCAGCAGCUGUCAGCGCCGGGAGACAUGUCACCGGUAGUGUCCUUAUGUCCUACAGAAUUCGGUCUGUUGUCCUGUAAUUUAAAUUCGUGCUGGCUGUGGUCGUGGCGGGGGAGCGGGCAGUGGGAGCCGCGGGCGCUGCCCGUGGAAGGUCCCUUUAUGUCGAUGUGUUAUGAUUACGAGACUCAUCGAGCUUUAGUGUCGUGUAGGCCUGCUAAUGGCGAGCGGGCGAAACUGUCCUUAUGUCAGUUUAGGAAUGACGAAGAUGUGACGUGCCAUGUUGAGCAGACGUUUCAAGGAUCCGUUAGGAGUUCUAUAAUGUCGAGGUCCGCUUGGGUUCGCGCUGAAGGAGCGACUUGGUUGGCAUCUCACUCUGAGUCCGCUGGUGCUUUAGUUCUCCACGGGUUGGACGGGGCCCGGGGGGCUUCGCUGCCGGCAGCGGAGCCGGCGAUAGACGUGUGCUCGGUCCAGUUGAACGGAGAUACCUUGCUGGCAGCGUUGUCCGAGGCGCGGCUAAGAAUAUACAAGGCUGUACCUACUAGCUAGUGCUUAGAAUAACUAUAGUCUUAGACUUGCAAUAACUUAUAUCGAUUUGGCGGAAUAUUAAAUGGACUUUCAAAUGGGCUAGUCUCAUCAUUAAAAACUUCGUUGCUCACGUAUAAACGUAAAAUUUCAAAUUUGAUAAGUCCUUUUUUAGUGUACGGACUACGGAAAUAACCGAAUACACCUUACUGUGCCAAACCGAUAUUUUAGCCUCAACAAAAACUCUCGCCUAACUAAACACAUCACAGUUCUGAAGUUAGAAUUUUAAUAGUAGGUCAAAAGUCUGACUAAAUUAAUAUGUUUGCUGUUUUAUAAUUUGAAUCAUACUAUAACAUAAAUUUUUUUGGACAUUUGAAUUGCUCACGCUAGUCAGGCUGUGUAUGGUUACGGCAGCUUUCGUUUAGAGCAUAUUUUUUUCCAAAAAACACGUCGCUUUUGACUGAUAAGCAAUAAAUGCAAUAAUGUAAUAAUAGAAUACGUCGAAUUUUUGGUAGGUACAGGUACGCGUGUGCUGGAUCCAGGAGCCUACUCAACUGGUAGAAUGUCUUGACUUAGUGACCACUUGUGUGAUGUCAAGGAUAUAUGAUGUGGGUAUCGUCUUGGGUCGUCCCAUUCGUUUUUCGUCAAGUUCUUAAAUUAGUCAUAUUCUGCUUUAUCACUCAUUCUACAUUCGUCACAAUCGUCGGUGGCUUUCAAUGCGACGACAAAACGAAUGAGACGACCCAAGACGAUACCAUGAUGUGAUAUACAGGGCGUCCCAAGACUAUGGGACAUCAAGGGAAAGUACCUUAAAUAUCGUAGAUAGGAUAUUUUGCUGAAAGAAGACAUUACUUCAAUUUAAAAAACAAUUUAAACUGCAUUGAUAGAUUUUUAAAAAUCAUCUUGUAGUUUUAUCAUACCGAUAGAAAGGCUUCAUCAUAAGGAUUAUUUUUUGCUAAAUAACAUAGUGUCAGAAAUAAAAGGAAGACCAUGAAUCUUAACAUUUUUAAUUCAAAAUUAAUCAGUUUAAUUUAUCAAAUGCUCAAAACGAGUCCCAUUCUGUUGAAUACAAAGUCGCACUCUUUUGAUUAUUUCGCUAAAUUUCACAUCAAAUGUUAAAAUUUAUGGUCUUUCUUUUAUUUUUGACACUGUUAUAUAGCAAAAAAUAAUCCUUAUGAUGAAAUAAAACCUUUUGAUCGGUUUUAAAAACCACAGGUUGAUUUUUUUUCUCGUGUAGCGGGUUCGAUUCCCGGUUCAACCAUGUAAUUAUUUAAAAAUCUAUGAAUGCAGUUUAAAUUGAUUUUUAAAUUAAAAUAAUGUCUUCUUUCAGCAAAAUAUCCUAUCUACGAUAUUUAAGGUACUUAGUCUUGGGACACCCUGUAUAGUCGAAUAGGCCCCUAGAUUUAAACAGUUGUGUAGUGUAUGUUAUGUUUGUAAAUCUGUUACCUCAUCUAGUUUAUUGUGUAUGGGAUAUGAGACAUGUAAUUAAACGAUUUUAAUAACUAAAUAAAAU